CAACAAUUAUUAAAAAAUGAAUAAAUAUGUGAUCCUCCAAUUUUUUUCUUAUAAAUAAUAAAAUAAUUUUUGCUCCAACACAAAAAUUUAAAACUAAAAGAAAAAAAAAAAAUACACUCUUCGAAUAUAGAGAAGAGACCAAGCCAACAGCCAAAGCCAAAGGCAGUGAAUAAGAAUCAACAAUGGCUCUCUUAUUCACUUCUGCUCACUCUUCCCUCUUCUCCACAAACCCUAACAAGCCAUUCUCAUUACGCUCCUUACUUUGUCCACUCCCACCAUCAUCUUCUUCUUCUCUUUCCCUCCAAAACCCUAUUGGAACCCGAGUCGAUAGAUUCCGCUCCCUCCGCUUACAUUCAUCUCUCUCCGACCAAAAUUCCGAUCCUAUUCCUGGGAAACCCCCCUCCGAAUCCGGCGACGAGCUCGCCAAGGUCACCGACGAGUGGGGCGUGGAGGCCGGGCCCGAGGAGCUUAAUUCAUCCACGAAGCUUGCUAACUCAGACCCUCCCAAGGAUGAGGACGAAUGGGGAGGACCAGAUCGUUUUGUGGGUGUCGAUAAUGGUAGCCCAGCUAGUGUUGGGGCGGAAACGGAGGAUUUGGGGAAUGAUAAGCUUGCGGAGCUCAAAAGGUGCUUGGUGGACAGUGUAUAUGGCACUGAGCUGGGGUUUCGAGCUAGCUUGGAGGAGAGAGCGGAGAUUUUGGAGUUGGUGAAUCAAUUGGAAGCUUUAAAUCCCACGCCGGCACCGACUUCGGCGCCUGAACUUCUUGAUGGAAAUUGGAUUUUGCUGUACACUGGAUUUUCAGAACUUUUGCCACUUUUGGCAGCAGGAUCGACACCAUUGUUAAAGGUAGAUCAGAUAAGCCAAUCAAUUGACACCAGGAGUCUCACUAUUGCGAACUCAACCACAUUGUCCAACCCGUUUUCGACUUUCUCUUUCAGUGCAUCUGCUACUUUUGAAGUUCGUAGCCCCUCAAGAAUACAGGUUCAGUUUAAGGAAGGCACCUUUCAACCUCCAGAUAUAAAGUCAAGGGUUGAUCUCCCAGGAGAAUUGAAUGUGUUUGGGCAGAAAAUCAACCUCUCUUCUUUGCAACAGACACUGAAUCCCGUUCAGGAGGUUGUGGCAAAUAUCUCCCGGACAAUUUCUGGUCAACCACCUCUUAAACUUCCCAUUCCUGGUGACAGGAACAGUUCCUGGCUUCUCAUAACAUACCUCGAUUCAGAUUUUCGAAUCUCAAGGGGAGAUGGUGGUCUGUUUGUUCUUGCUAAAGAAGGGAGUACUCUUCUAAAUCAGUAGCCAUGUACAUUGUGCUUGGCGGGUUAUCUACAAGAGUACACUCAGAUGAUCUAUUCUCUCUUUCCUUUUUUUAUAUAUUUUUUAAAGUUCUCCGUAGAAGGAAAAAGAGCGUAUGCUUGUCAUCUUGUAUAUCAGUAUAUGUGCACAAUUUUUCUUUUUCUUUUUUCUUAUAGACAAGAGAUAAAUGCUACUACAAGUUGGGAGUAAAUUAAAACAAAUAUUAAAGAAAUGAUUCUAUAGAAAAAUAAAAAAAAUUAUUUACUUUCUGAAA